AUGGGUAGUACAUGCAAAAAUAUUUGUCAAUAAUAAAUAGAAGAUAAAGAAUUUAAUAUAAAUGCUAUCAAGAAAGUAUCGUAAAAAAGGAAGUAUCAUUCGAAUGAAGAUUCCAAAACUGGUCCUUAUAGUUCACCAUAAUCCUUAAUCAAAGAUGAAUCAAUUAGAAAUGAUCAUAAAAUAACUCAGAAUUGUUAAGAAAACCCUUAAUCUAUUCAACCAAUACAAAUCGAUGGUGUCGCUGUUCAAACUGAUAGAAAAAAUCGUUUUCUAGAAGAUUAAGAGGUGGAAGUAAAGUUUGUAAUUCGCCAAAAUUGGCUACAAGAAUAAGAGGAACUCAAACAAAUAUAAGAAGAAUUUGAAAUGUUGAGAGAAUUACAAGUAGAGGGUAGAUAGAAUGAAGAAUAGGGUGAUAAACAUUAAGACCUGAAAAAUUAAUUUCCUUUCUAAAACUAACUUAAGCAGAUCAAGGUUGAAUCAAUGUAUGUUAAAUCAACUUCUAAUCCCUAUUUACCAAGACAAACCUCUUAAUUUGCUCCAAAAAAAGGAGACGGUGAUACUGUUUCAUAAAAGUCAAAUAUUUGUAAAAGUCCAACCACCCCUUUGAAAGAUCAAUUGGUGAUGACAUAAAGUAAUUUGAUUAGAAAAAGCGCUUAAAAAAAGAUGAAAUAAAGUAGGGAAGAAAUAGCAAGUAAUAAUGCAAGUAUUGGCACUCCUAAGAUUAGGAUUAAAAAGAAAUAAUAAUAAUAAGAUGCAUUAGAAAUCUUUUUUAGUGAAUGUCAUUCUUUAGAUGAGCGAAGUCAAAGUGGUAGCCGUAAGACUUCAAAAAGUUUAAAAAAUCAAUUUCUUAAAGCCUAUCAAUGGGAAAGAAAACAAUUAGAUAAACUUACACUGUUUUCUAAAAUAACCAGACAAAAAAAGUUCGAUUUUCCAAUGAUACAAAUUUCUAUAACAGGAGAAGAGGAUUUCACAUAUUACAAACGAAUUGGUGGGAAGGGUGAAAUAGAAAUGUUAAUUUACAAAUUUAACUUACUUAAUAUUUGA